AUGCAUCAGAGAGAAUAUGCUUUGGAACUAAUUUCAGAAGUUUGCUUAGCUGCAUCCAAACCAGCAAUAACUCCGAUUGAUGUUAACAUCAAAUUAACCUCUAAGCAGAAUGAUGACUGCAUUGGUAAGGCAGAAUGUUCAGAAGAAGAAGACAGAUUGGCUGAUCAAACUUCCUAUCAAAGACUAAUAGGAAAACUACUAUAUUUAACUGUAACCAGGCCAGACAUAGCAUUUGGAGUUCAAACUCUUAGCCAAUUCCUUCAACAUCCCAAAAGAUCACACAUGGAAGCUGCUUUAAGAAUAGUGAAAUUUGUUAAAAGUCAGCUAGGGCAAGGGAUUUUGCUAUCAAGCACUCAGAACAAUACAAUCACUGCUUUUUAUGAUGCAGAUUGGGCUACAUGCCCUUUGACUAGAAAAUUAGUUACAGGGUUCCUAGUUAAGUUGGUAACUCCUUAG